UUAUUCUCUUUAAAUAUCGACUGUUUUGGUAACUUUUUUAAAAUACUGGCAAAGUUGUAUUUUGAUUCGCGAAAACGGAGAAAAGAUCAAUUUCAAGGUAUGGUCAAAGUCAUUAGGUUAUCAAACUGAAAAUAAAUCAUGAUUGUACCAACCAACAUCUAUGCUUUAAAUGAUUUUACAAAUCAAAGUCUAUAAUUAAGAAUCAGACAGAAAUAUUUUAAUUCACAUCCGUUUGAACUGAAUGAAUCCGUAAAUUUGUUGUCAGAUUGUCUAAGUAUCAACAAGUGCUUUGUUGUGAAAUAAAUUUAAUAUUCCGGUUGCAAUUUCCUUGUAUUAAAGUAUUUAUGAAGGUUUAUCAUUAUUUAAUUAUGUGCAUGCACCAUAUACAUAAAGAUAUUUAAAACUUACUAAAAUAUAAAAUGAACUACUGGUUUCUCUUUUUGUGUAUGUUUGUGUUUCAAAUACGUUGCGGAUAUAAUGAAGUGAUCGUAUCAAAGAACAUAUCUGGUAUCAGGGGAAGUUUAGCAUCUCCUGGUUACCCUGGUAACUACCCAAACAACGUCAACUACACGUGGAUUCUGAAUACUGGACAGGAGAAAGCAAAAGUUACCUUUCAAUUCGAUAUUUUUGAUAUUUUCAAAUAUAAAUACUCCUCUUGCAAUGAGGAUUUCUUAGAGAUAACAGUAAUAGAUCCGUGCUGCUUUUACCCCAUGCGCAGAUGUGGUCGAUUUGGUUCGUUUCCUCAGAUUGUUAAGGGCAGAUUGAUAAGGAUUAAUUUUGUUUCUGAUGAACGGGACACGGCGAAAGGGUUUAGUCUAAAAUGGAAAGUCAGUCUACAAGCAACUACAAAGGCUACCAAACACACAACAAAGACCACCACACAAACAAAAAAGACUACGAAACAAAUUACAAAGUCUACCAAACAAAUAACAAAGUAUACCACACUAACAACAGAGACGAACACACAAACAACAAAACAUCCAGAACCAACAACAAAGACCUCCAAAAAAACAACAACACUGCCGUUAUCAACAAGAAAAAUGACUAUGAUGAAUGAAACAACCUCGGAAAGGAAGUCAUUCAGGCCAAUCUCAAGGGACUUGGAUCAUUCGACAACAGCAACUAAUCAGGCGACAGCGGACGAAAAUACAAAUACAGGAGAGAAAACAGCUAUCAUAGAAACUGGGAUUGCUGUAAUUGAAAUAACGUUGGUGGCGGUCGGUAUUUACAUCUUCAAACAUCGUAGAGACAGAUCUGUUAAAAAGUCCAGAGAUACGCAAGACAACAAGUCUAACAGCGCACAUACAUUCCGAAAAUCAACACCUAUCGUAGAUGAUGUUUAUGAGUCUAUUCCAUUGGAACAUUUCAAAGAUGAAGAUAACAUACAAGAGAAAGGGAUAUAUAUGGAUGCUCAAGAAAAUAUAUACGACAAAGCUUUUGAAAGGAGACCGCAUGUUAUAAUUAAAAAUAAUGUGUAUAGUACUAAUGGUGUAAUGCACCCAGAACACUUAAAGCUUAAUACAGCAAAAAAAAAAAAAAGAAAUUCACAUAGACGUGACAUGAUAGAUUGUUAAUGACCUGUAAAUACCUUUACAUCUAAACAGACAGUAAAACAUUGAUGGAACCUUGAAUUGUCGACCGGGAAAUGAAGUAAACAAUGGAUUUGAGUCUCGAGCUCGAUCAUCAAACCGCUUCGAUAUGAUCAUGUGUCCGAAUGAUGGAGAUGAUAAUCGAUAAGAUUUUGAAAACGUAGAGGCAAAUGA